GAAGAUGAGAAAGACGGGAGAACACCAUAGACAUGACCUUUGACUGCUUAUCGUGUUAAAUAUUUAUCUUGGACGGCGUGGCAGGGCACAGUUGAAGUGCUGGGGAAGCGAGGAGUGGAGCUCUGCUGGAGAGCAGCUGGAUGAAGACAUGUGCCUGUGGUGCAGUGGACUGGACCAGAGCGAACUGAACCACUAGGGCAUUGAAGACACGAAGGGCAGAAGUGUGACCAGGCCAAAGAGACACUGACUGCACAUCUUUGACAUGCUGCCUCAGGUGGUUGGUGGAGACUCUCAUACCCUUAGUUUUGGGGCCAAUGAUGAUUCAUCAGGGGCACAAGCAAAUCAGGAAAGACGGGCUGCCACGCUGCCUCGCCGGGCCCCCUGGGAGGAACGCCUGGUCAAGUUCUCUGGCAUUGGCCCCGUUGAUGAGACAGGCUUGCCGCUGGCUUCCAGAUCUAGUGUGAACAAGCCCAGGGACUGGUACCGAACCAUGUUUCGACAGAUUCACCAGACAUCUGAAGAACUGUACCAUGAAGAUUCAAAGACAGGAAUUGUAGAUGACUCCACCUACCCUGGUAGAACUGGAGACGAUAGGUGUCCUUCCACGAAGGACCACUUUACUUCUGUCCACUGUGGAGUCCCAGCCAAUCAGAAUGAUGUGACGCAUGGGGAAGUACUGGAGCCCAAGAGUACAUUGGACUUCAUGCUGAGACAGGCUGCGGCCCCAGUGGAUCAGAGUCAGGCUCAGCUUUCACCUGACCUGCUUCUGCCCAAACCCCGGCCAUCUUCUGCAGAGGUGAGCCUGGUUUCUGAGCUGAGUCAGUUUGAGGCUGAACUGGACUCCGAUAUCCAAGUUCUGGAGCAGAGGCUGUCUGAGAAACAGAAGCAGCGACAGCAGCCAGCCCAGGGUGAGGAGGAUCGGAGAACCAGUGUUGAUGAGACACAGGGUACUAGUGGGGUCUCAAGAGGAGGCAGCCCUUUGCCUGGAGCCAUAGCACCAAUCACAAAAGAGCUGGGCAGGACAUCUGUCAGCCAUUCAGCUAUUAGUUCUGUGAUUGGACAGAAGACACCAGUCUCCCCAGCACAUGCAGAAGGUGUGCUAUCCCCAGGAUCAACCAUGUUCUCAGUCCUGUCCCCCAUGGGUAGCCCAAGAACUGAGGAGAGCCAUAGCAAGCCUGGUGAGAAGAUGAAAGCUGCAAGGGCCAAAUUCCAUUUCCGGGCACAGCUGCCCAGCGAACUGACCCUACAAAAGGGGGAUGUGGUCUACAUUCACCGGCAGGUGGACGCCAACUGGUUCCACGGCGAGCACCAUGGGAAGGCCGGGCUCUUCCCAGCCAGCUAUGUGGAGAUCCUCCCACCAUCAGAGAAGCCCAUGCCCAUCAGGGUGCCAAUUGUCCAGGUGCUGGAGUAUGGGGAGGCAGUGGCACUCUACAACUUCACAGCAGACAUGCCUGUAGAGCUGUCCCUCCAGAAGGGUGAGCGGAUAUGUGUGAUCCGAUGUAUCGAUGAACACUGGCUGGAAGGUCGACUUCCUAAUUCCAGCCGGACUGGAAUCUUCCCCAUCAGCUACGUCCAAGUGAUAAAGAUGCCCCGCACCAAGUCUGUGGAAGACAACCCUAUCUCACAUUCCUCCAUUUCCAUCAGCCCCUUGAGCCUAGGGGUCUCUGACCACAGCCCCCAGUCAUUCGCAGCCCAACCAGAUCCAGAGCCGUGUCUCCCACCCUUGCCAAAACAACCCCCCUUCCCAGGGAGCAACCCCAAAUCUCUGUCUCCCCCAGGCCACAGGGGAACGGUGGCAUGCCUGCUUCAACUGCCACAGUCUUACUCCCCGUCCUUGGUAUAUUCACACACAGAGCCCACCCUCACUACAGAACUCUCCAGUCACCUGCCUGAUUCCACCCCCAGCCCCACCUCACACACCAUACAAACAGGAGUUGUGACCAAUCAAUGGGGUGGAGCUCAGCUUGCAACAUGCCCGUCUGUUAACAGAGAGGAUGGUUCAGAUGUGGCCAUGUGUGCAACAGCAGCUAGACGGACAUCAAACACAAUAGCUCAGAGUGAUUUUUACUCCACAGCUUUCCAACUAGUAGCUCCUGAAAUGGGUCCACCCACAAAACAGGAGCCAACCAGUCGCAGUUUCUCAACAGUCCUACCACAGUUGUACAGAGCAGUGUACAACUACAUCCCUCAGAACAGGGAUGAACUUGAACUUCGUGAGGGGGACCUUGUGAGGGUUAUGGAGAAGUGCGACGAUGGCUGGUUUGUUGGUACAUCUGACAGGACAGGAUUGUUUGGGACAUUUCCAGGAAAUUAUGUCACCCAAGCCUAAGCCUCUUCUUGUUCUUCAAAGUGGACAAUUGCCUUGAAGAUUCUCGUGCAGAUAUCUGGACCAGAAGCUUUUAUAAACACAGCAUUGGGAUUCAUACAUGGGCAGAUCACGCUGAUGCACCUCAACACCAUGAGGACUCCUUAACAUCCAGUCACAUGACAUCCAGACUAUCAAGCUGCUUCAAGUAUCAACGAGCUCAAAGUUCAGUAUCUGUUGAACCAAAAUUCCA